AUGUUGAGAAUGUUUUCCGGCAUGAAUGGGCUUGGGGGUUCGCUUUUGGCUGUCAUUGUGCUCAUGGCUCUGGUCUUUGCCGCAUCGAGGUUCGACUUUGUAAGUGUUUCACUCUUGGGCGUGGUCAAGUGGUACAGCAGCAGCACCACCACCACCACCACACCUUCGGAUAGCAGCGGUCCUAAUCGGCUUAUACAGAUCCUGACGUCAGGCAAGUCCAAAGAUGGUGAUUUGGAAGGGGAGGAUGAUUCGACUUACGCUUUCUACGCUUCCAAGAGGAGAAGGGCUUCUAGUGUUAAGCGAGUCACUUUCGACAUCUAG